CUUGUGCGCCGGACACCUCAACUCCUCUUUAUGCGCAAUGUCGGUGUACAUCGACCUGGCCCCCAGCCAUGAACAGCUCGCCGAAAUCGCGCAGCUCAUCGACACGUGCGGCGGCAAGGACUCAAAAAUAGGGGUGUCUUGCCAAAAACUCCUGGGCCAGACCAGGGAAAAAGAAGCCAUCCACCUCAUCCUAAACAACAUGGACACCGUCUGGAUCAACGACAACGAUAAAGACGUCGAAUGCUUCUUCGCUCUGCUAAUGUCUCUGCUCGUUAGGUCGGGACACGAAAGACUAGAAGAAGCCAAAGAACCCCUGACGACCACCCUAGCCCAAUCGACCGACCGAGCGCCUCUCCGUCUAUCCAUCCUGAGCUACAUCUACAACUCCUACAACUCUCCGGAAUGGCGAAUUCACUGGUUCAAGGCCAUCCUCAAAUUUUGUCUCAUAUCCAAUCAAUAUGUCGCGGUUCCUUCGCUCAUCGAACAGAUGGACAGACUGUUCUGCGAGACCUCUGCAACAACUCAGCAGCAAAGAGAUGUCUACUUUUUUGUCAUGCAGCUCUCCGAUGGAUCUCCCUACCUGUCCAACAUCCGACUCAAAUGGCUGCAAACGUUCGACGAUGAGGACCUGAACUCCAUUCGACAGAACGCAGAAGUCUGUGAUAUCAUUCAACGAGCCGUACUCGCUCAUAUUGCAGACACCAAUUAUCUGUUCGAGCCCGUCUACAUAUGUAAUGCCGCCAGACUGCUCCAAAUCGUCAACCCGCCCUUGUACGAGCUACUAGGCAUCCUCACCAACGCCACCGUGACUGAGUUCGAGACGUUUGCAGAAGUUCAAAAAAAUUUUUUUCAGAACAACGAAAUUCUCUCUAAAGACUUUGUCCUUCACAAAAUGAGAAUCUUGACGCUUCUGUCAUUGGCCUAUACUUCUGACUGCAUCCCGUACCAUGCCAUCUCCGAGAGUCUACACGUGCCGGUCGAAGACGUCGAGUCUUGGAUCCUGGAGACCGUCAACACGGGAAUUUUGAAUGCAAAAAUUGACCAAGAAAACCAGGUCCUCUUGGUCUCCUAUGCGCUUCAGCGAGAGAUUCAAAUCGCUCACUGGCAGUCCUUGAAGGACAAGCUUAUCAUGUGGAAAGAAAACAUUCAGUCUAUGGCACGAGUUGUCAAAAACGCCCGCAUGCAAAAGUGCAGCGGGCAACAGGAUGGCUUGAUGCCGCAACAAGACGGCGGGCAGGUUCUUUGAGCGAUUCUCGCGAAGCGGAAAUGCGCGCGUGUAUCAGUGCCGUCUUUUGGCGUUUAUUAAAAAAAAACCUGUCAAAAUCUCUUUCCAGAUGCACAAAAAGAUUUGAUUUUUGGCAGUUCGGAAAUAUGAGAAUAGUGAA